AUGAGUAUAAUUGAAUUGAGAGUUUGUGGAAGGUAAACAGCAACUAUAUGACCAUAGGUAUAAACUGGGACCUAAGAUAGGAGUUGGCAGCUUUGGUUAAAUCUACCUUGCCAAGAAUGUCCAAUCUAACCAAGAUGUAGCAAUUAAAAUCGAGGAAGUCAAAUCCAAACAUCCCUAGUUAUUAUAUGAAGGCAAGAUUCUGUAAAAUUUGCAAGGAGGAGUGGGUAUCCCGUCUAUGCUAUGGUUUAAUUGUUUGUUUAAUACUUUUUUAGGUGCGGUUAGGAAAAUGAUUUCAAUUUCCUUGUUAUGGAUCUCUUGGGACAAAAUCUAGAGGAAUUACUCGUCUUAUGCAAAAGAGCAUUCACUCUCAAAACAGUGCUCAUGCUUGCAGAUUAACUGAUAUCCAAUCUAGAAUACAUACAUUUUAAAAAUUAUGUUCAUCGAGACAUUAAACCUGAGAAUUUUCUUAUGGGAUGUGCUAAGAAAUCUCAUAUAGUUUACACAAUAGAUUUCGGCCUUUCCAAACGAUACAGAGAUGCUCGCACUCAUGAUCACAUUCCUCAGAAAGAAGGAAAACCUCUCAUUGGAACAGCCCGUUAUGCCAGUAUCAAUACUCACAAGGGAACUGAACAAUCAAGAAGAGAUGACCUAGAAGCUCUGGGCUACAUGCUCAUCUAUUUUUUAAAAGGAACAUUGCCUUGGUAAGGAAUUCGAGCCAACAGGAAGGAAGAAAAGUACUAGAAAAUUAUGGAAAAGAAAAUAUCCACUCCAAUUGAUCAAUUAUGCAAGGGUAUUUUUGUUCAUUUAAUAAUAAUUAGGUAUUCCUAAUGAGUUUCAAUAAUUCAUGAACUAUGUUAGAAAUCUUAAGUAUGAUGAAAAACCAGACUAUUCUUUUUUGAAAAAGAUCUUCAAAGAGAGAUUCGUCAAGGAAGGCUAUGAGUAUGAUUAUGUCUAUGACUGGAUUUUAAUCCCUAUGAGUACUCGCAGUCCAUUCUACAGCAGUAAAAUACCAUUAACGAUUGAAUUACUUUAGAACGAAGAGAAGUAAAUUUGAAAACAUAUCCUUUAGAUUUCUAAUCAAAGAAUACGAUAAAGAUAGGUUUGGAGAAUCCAAUUUUAGUAAUUGGAACAUGGUUGAUGAUUUGGAUCAUAAUUAAGACGAAAUUGACCAACAACCAGAUUAAAAUACUAAACCUGUUGAACAACAAAAACCAAAGAAAUAGGAGGUGUAGCAACCAGUAUAGCAAUAGAAGAAAGACAAAGAUUGUUCAAUAUUCUGA